CCCGACGCCGCCUCCUCUUCCCUCCUGGCUUUUCGCUUUCGUUAUGCCCCCAUUUCCCUUUCCCUUCUGCGACCCCUUUUUCCUUUCCCAAGGCUCCCCCCCCCCCGGCUGCUUGGAAACAACAGAGGCUGCCUAAUACAUCUUUGCGCGCACGCUGCACCUUCGGAGCACAUCCCUCCAGCUCCUAAUGCCUCGAAGAAUUCUGGAGAAACACUUGGUCCUCCUCCGGGACGGUCGAACGCUGAUUGGAUAUUUACGCAGCAUCGAUCAGUUUGCAAACCUGGUGUUGCACCAGACAGUGGAGCGCAUUCAUGUGGGCAAAAAGUACGGUGACAUCCCUCGGGGCAUCUUUGUGGUGAGAGGCGAGAACGUCGUACUUCUGGGAGAAAUUGACCUGGAGAAGGAAAGUGACACCCCUUUGCAGCAAGUGUCGAUUGAGGAGAUCCUGGAAGUGCAGCGAAUAGAGCAGCAGGCCAAGCAGGAGUCGGAGAAGCUGAAAGUGCAAGCGCUCAAGGAGCGGGGCCUCUCCAUUCCACGGGCUGAUACACUAGAUGAAUACUAGGCAUUCAGUCCAGACAAUCGCAGCUGCCCCAAAGAUUGAAUUACCAUUUAGGCCCCCUCGCAAUAUGCAUUUCACCACCAACACAUCCCCCCCCUUUCCCUGCACCCUGAGUGCGAAACACAAAUUAAUCAUGGUUUCUCGUUGUUGCCGAAGACCUGAAAAGAUCCCAGUGUUACGUAAUCCAAUGUGAUGGAGCAGCUUCAACAAUCCUGGCUAGGGAUGAAACAUUUUUAUAUAUAGUUUUCUUUCUUUUCUUUUUCCUUUUGUGACUUUGGAGGAGGUGGAAUUAAGCCUCCCCUGAUAUGUAAAUAAAAACUGACUCUGCGAA